AUGAAGUUCUCCACGCUCUUCUUUGCUGCUUUCCUCGGAGAGGCAGUUAGUGCAUGGAAAACCGGCCACAAAGCCACCGGGGAAACUGAUCCCAACGUGACCCAGAACUGUUCUUUUUGGGCCAACGAUAUUGCUUCUGGCGAUACCUGCAAGGCGCUCGAAAAGUAUUUCGAUCUUGAUUUCAAACAAUUACAUGAAUGGAAUCCCGCCUUGGUCAAGGAUCCUUGCAAGCCAAUUGAAGGUUGGAGUUAUUGCGUCGAUAGCCCCGUCGCAACCAACAGCCUUGCGAGGCUCACUGGAACCGACGCGCCUGUCCUUAAGAACCCCCCGUCCACGGAUUCGUCUAGUGCUGCGAGUGCGGCAGCUACUUCGACUGCCACUGAGACUUCUGAUGCCACUUCCAGUGCUACUGAUUCUGCUUCCGCUCAAAAAACUGGUGGUGCUGCGAGCUUUGGCUCUGCCAAUAUCCCUGGAGUUGUAUUUUCUCUUGCUUUCUCUAUCUUAUUCGGACCUGUGGCAAAUUACUUGAACUGA